UAACCUCACAAUAGGUUGACAUUUGUGAUAAUGAGUUAACUUCGAUUAAAUGUCAGAAAUCGUAGCAUGGACGGUACGGAUAAUGCUGAUGGAUCUUUAGAUCCAAGCAUACAGAUAGAAUUGGAGAACUUGAACGAUGCUACGGAUGAUAUAAACAAACUUGAAACCGAAUUAGAUGAAGCUCACACUGCUUUCAGACAAUUGUUAUCUGAGACUACAAAACGGUUAAAGGAAGUUUUAAAUAAGGUAGGAAAUAAUUGUGUUGAUAAAGCAAGAUGUUAUUACGAGGCACUUGAAGUGGCCCGUCAAGCUCAGGUACGAUGUCAACAGCAAGCUCAAUUGUUUCAAAGGGCAAGCGAAAUUCAUGCAGCGGCAAAGGAAACCGUAAGCUUGGCCGAAAGUCGUUUUAUAUCUCAUCAGCACGAAUGGAAUUUUGAUCAGGCAUGGCAGGAUAUGUUAAACCAUGCAACUAUUAAAGUGAUGGACGCUGAAAAUCAAAAAACAGAAUGCGGUAGAGAACAUUAUAGAAGGGCAGUGCUGUUCCACAAUGCUGAGAAAAGAUUAUUAGAAUUAGAAGAGAAACAUCGUCGUUCGAUAAUAAAGGCUCGACCAUAUUUCGAAAUUAAAGCUCAAUGUGAUCAAAUGUUGGCAACGCAAAAAGAAAGAGUUGAAUGUUUACAAAAAGCAAUACAAGAUGCAAAAUCUAAUUAUGCCACGAGUCUCCGCAGACUAGAAGAAAUUAGUAAUCAAAUACAUCAACAGCGUCGAGAUUAUGAUUUUAUAACUAAUGGGCCUCGAGAACCAGGCGUUGGCGCAGAACUAGUUAGUCCACAGAAAACCUUAAAUUAUGACACAGAAUUUAAUCAGUUAAAUAGCAAUAGGAUAAAGAACGUUACAACCGCUCAACUUAACGAAUACGAUAGAAUUCAAGAGUAUAAUAAUACUUAUCAAUUACAAGAAGAUAAUGAACAUCUGGGGAAAAGGUCAGUCGAUGGAAGUGAAGCAACAUCUUCUCAGUGGGAGUUAGAAAUGCAAGUUAACAUAGAAAAUCUCAACAAUGUACCGCCUAAAAAUUCUAUGCACGAUCAUGACAGUAAAAGCGGAAGUAUAUCCAAUUUACGUUUCUACGACGAAGUGAAUUUUAAAUCAAAUAAUUUCACGCCGGAAUUAAGUUGUAAUUUUUUGCCAAACGAACAAUUUUCUGUACAUAAUUUGAACCAGUUUCAAAAAUUGAAAAAUGUUCAAACGAACGUGUCUUCAACGACACCUGUCGAAGAAUCAAACAGAGCGAUUAAUCAAAAUUGCGAUUCAUUAGUAUUAAAUAAAUGUAAAAUUGAUUUUAGAAAUAACAUGUCAAAAUCCUUGAGGAAUAGUCCUACAAAACCGGGGGAAUUCGAUUUACAAUUGACACUUGAUAAACUGGAUACUCCUACAAAAUAUGUGCCAAAUAAUGUCACUAAAUUUUCCUUUAAUAAUAAAUCUCAAAGUAACAGCGAUAUUAAUUUUUCAUCGACUCGUGAUACCGGUUCUGUAGAAAAAUGUCAAAAUUUUUGUGGUAGUUUAAAUAUUAAGACUGAUAAUCUUGAAUUUGAUAAACAAGUAACAAGUUCAAAAUAUAAGAAAGAGUUAUAUACUAUGAACGAUGCUCGUAGCAAUGGCCUAAAUGCCACAAAAAACGUUCAUUCUGCACAAUCGAAUACUCGUAGCAAGUUAAACUCUCAAGCGAGGGAAGAGUCAGUAUCGUUAGAAAAAUCGCUUAGGUCUAAUUCAACGUACGUUUUAUCUACUAGUGCCAGUUCGUCGAUAGAAUUAAAACGCGUAAUGACUUUAUUAAGUGAGAACUCCAUGCGCAAACAGAUAACCGAUGAUUCCAAUAUCUGUUCUGUUGUUAAGAAACCAACGAAAAAGCCAUCGAGCGUUAAAGAACUACCGUUGCUAUCAAUGUUCGAGAAAAGGAAUUUGUUAGCGGAUAGUAAAGGCAAAAGCUAUAGCAUGAUUAACUUAGACGAUAAGCGAAACUUUACGUUAUUAGAUGAUACAUAUUUGAAUAAUGUAAGAACUGUAAGUACAGAAAGAUUGGAAAACUUGAAGGACAAUUUAUUUCUAAAAAUGGAAAUAAACCAAAUUUAUGAUCUUUCCUUAACAAAACAUGUACAUAAAUUGUUAGGGGCAUUAGAUACAACAUCUGCAAAAGAAUUAUCAGAGAUACUACAUAAACUUCAAGAUUACAAGUAUCCAAAGUUAACGGAUGGAAUGUUUUUUGAAUUCAUGAAAGUUGCGUAUCAAGUUAGCGAUAAUUGUGAAAAUUUAACUACAAUAUUGACCACAGACAGUAAACUUGAUUGGAGUAAAUUGGCAAAAAUUAAUGUAUGUUUUGAAUCGCAGAACCAUAACACGACCAACGAAAUAUGCAUGGAGAGUUGUAUUAUGGAUCAAAAUAUAGGUGUCGAUGCAGUGGAUAAAAUGUUAUUCGGAAAGAACAACAUUAAUGUUAAAAGUUCCAUGAAAGCUAUCGCAGCUUCGAAUGAACAGAAGUAUAAUGAAAUUACAGAAAAUAUAGAAAAUACAAAGGAAGAAAGAACAUCGGAUAGAGCAGAAAAUCUUUUGAUAACGUUAAUGAAAACAAAUUUAAGCGAUAUAUUGCACGAAGGUUUAUUGGAUUCAGUUUUACCAUACGUGAUUCCAAAAUCUACAAUAUCACAACCGGUUAUUAAAAAAUCUAUCACGAAUACUGAAAUUAAAAAAUGUAAUUCAUUGAGUAACAAUAUAGAAACAAAAGUAAUUGCUAAUAUAACGCAUAAAGAAAGUGGUAAAAAUAAAAUGAAUAAAAAAACAUUGGAAAACGAAGUGGAAAUCCACGUAUGCGACGAGGAGAAGAAUGUUAAAAAAAAUUUUCAUUGCCCUCAAGAGCUGCUUAUUAAAAAAAUGCGAUACUUUGCUGAUAUAACGGCGGGUCAAAAAUUAGAAGAAAUAGACAUAUCCGUUCACUGUGAUAUUGUAAUUUUCGAUUGGCUAAUGAGAUGGGUAAAAAAGGAUAUUAUAAAGAAAUCUGAAUGGCCAACUUUGGAACCUAAUAACGUUAUUCCAAUAAUGGUAUCCGCUUCCUUUUUACAAAUGGAGCCGCUUUUGGAGAACUGUCUACAAUAUUGUCAUGCUAACAUGUCCAAUAUACUGAAAACAUCAACAAUUUUAACAUGUUUAGACGACAAUCUUCUUACGAGAUUGGUAGAGCGAUUUACAAACGAGGAUGUGGAAUUAUUAAAGGACAAAAAAGACAAAAUUCAAAGUAAAUUGUACUGCAAAUUGAUAAUGUCGCUUGCGGAAGUAAUGCCGGACAAUAAAAAGGGGCAUUACAGUUCUUUGGCCACGUUAUUUAAAUGUAGCAGGUGCGGGAAAAGCAUAAUUCAAUCAGUCUCCAAGCAUGUACCGUGUAUAGCGAGUGCAAUGAUAAUUGAUAAUCACGGACGUAUUCGCAGUAAACAUACAAGAGAUUUAUCAUGGACGUUAAACGAUUAUAUUAUUACUCUCCGUACGGAAUUACGUUCUUGGCGUAAAGUCUAUUGGAGAUUAUGGGGUGAUUGUCAUUUUUUAUUCUGUACACAGUGCAAUAUAUAUUUUCCGAUUCAUCAAAUCGAUUGGUGCUGUAAUCACGCAGAACUUCCACAAUUUUUUAUUAACGAACAACAAAGACCUACACCGUUUCCCUUAGGCAGAUAUCCAUGUUGUAGCCAACGAGCUUAUAGAUUUGAAGUACUACCAAAUCGUGAAGGAUGUAGGUAUAAGGAACACAUUCCAGACGUCAGAACACAAAAUGAUGUAUCUAUAUUAAACAUUUUUACUAUACAUAGAGAAAUAAUAGCGAUGGAACCACCGCAAUUAUUUUUCCCGGAAAGGAUUACUAGAUUAGUAGCUUGUGACGCAUCGUUUCAAUCAGGAAAGUUAACAUGUAAAGAUAUAAUGUGGUGGGUUGGUAUAGAUCUUGCACCACAACGGUCAAAACUUGGACUUCUAGGAAAGAUAUGGAGCGGGUCAGGAUUUCGACGAUCAACUCAAAUACAAGAUUUACAAAGAGCAUUACAAAAGAUUCAUGAAGUUUCCGUUGUAACUGAUACUUCGUCGAACACAUCCACCGUCACGGAUAGCGACGAAGAUGAUGGUGUUAUGAUCGACGAAAAUAGUAGUAUCGAUGAAUCGUAUAAUAGCGAAGAAUCUAAUGCGUGGUCUACUUUAAGAUCAAAAAAUAAGAUCAAGAAAAAAUUAAAAAAUCAAAUCACAUGGAAAAACAAUGGUCGAUCUUGGAGCAACGAUUUAAAAGUAAGACACAAUCAAGAUAAUCAACGAGAGUUUGAAGAAAAAACGGCAUCUCAAAUGACAGCGCUGCUAAUGAAAAUAGUAUCCGCGGAUUCUUCUUUAUUAGCAAACUCAUCGAAUAAAUACAGUUGGAAAAGGAACCAACCUAGCGGUGGUACUUAUACAAGAUUGGAAGCAGAAUUUCGAGACCAAUUAAAUCAGCCAUACAAGAGCAAAAAUAAAACAGGAAAAUACUUUCUACGGAUGAAAUCGAAUAAGUCAUAAAUAUAUGUGGUACUCGGACAAUUGCCACUAAUUAAUAUCUUUCGAAAAAGCUUUAAACCUUCUGAAAGUAUAAUAAAUUGUACAUUUUAUUAUUUAUUUACCUCAGGAGCAACGAUCUCCGAUG